UUAAGCCCUAACUCCUGCACUGAAGCGGGGGAGUUUUCACCAACAAAUGCGUGUCGCGCGCAGUGUGCUAUGCCGCUUCUUCUUCCCGCAGCGCCAUGAAGUGCGAUCGCUCCCCGUCACCGCACGCGACGCCACUCGCCUCUUUAAAUGCUUCUCCGCGGAGCACCCUAUCCUAAACCCCUCCGCCGCCUCCCCCUUCCCCUCCUCCUCUCCUCCUCCUCCUCCUCCUCCUCCUCCGCCGCGGCGGCGCCGCCGCCGCACCCCGCCGAGCUCUGGAUCGCCAAAGCCCUAGCCACCGCCUUCGUCCUCUCCCCAUCGGCGCGCCUCGGCCCGUUCGGGCCCCUCCUCCUCACCCCCCUCGCCGCGUCCGAGGCCCUCCGCCGCCUCCCCACCGCGGACUCAGCCCUAGCCCUCUUCGAGCUCGCGCGCUCCGCCCUCGGGGUCGCCCACUCGCCCGACGCCUACCGGUUCCUCGUCGGCCUACUCUGCCGAUCGGGGCUCCACGGCGAUGCCCUGAAGGUGUUCGACGAAAUGGCGAGCCACGGCCAUUCCCCCGACGCGUCCUUUCUCGCUUUCGUAGCCAAUUCCUGCGCUGAAGCCGGUCUCCUUGAUCCUUGUAUUCGAUUGCUCAACAGAGCUUCGGAGUUCAAUUCCCGGCUAGAACCUUAUACUGUUAACAAGGUGAUGAGUCUUUUGAUAGCAAGGAACCGAAUCCAAGAUGCUGUCUUUCUGUUCAGCGAGCAGUUAAAUUCGCAGCUUUUCAUGCCGGAUGCAUGGAGCUUUAAUAUAGUCAUAAAGGGUCUUUGUAGAAUAGGAGAUAUUAAGGGGGCAUUUGAGCUCUUCGAAAAAAUGAGCUCUUUUAGGUGCUCGCCGGAUACGGUUACCCAUAAUAUCCUCGUUGAUGGGUUGUGUAGAGCUGAGCAGGUAGAUAGGGGGCAUGAAAUGUUGCAGCGGAUUCGGAUGGAUGGCACUUGCAUGCCGAAUGUCGUGACGUACACUUCGGUUAUUUCUGGCUAUUGCAAGAUGGGUAGGAUGGAGGAAGCAUUUAGGGUUUUCAAUGACAUGAUUGGUUUAGGGAUAAAGCCCAGUAGGGUAACGUACAAUGUGCUUAUUGAUGGCUAUGGUAAAGCAGGCGACAUGCCGUCGGCUGCUUCGGUGUAUGAGAGGAUGGCUCUUUGCGGGUGUCCUCCUGAUGUUGUGACGAUUACUUCUUUGAUCGAUGGGCACUGUCGAAAUGGGCAGCUGGAUGAUGCAUUGAAGCUCUGGAAUGAGAUGGGUCAGCGAGAGCUUCGGCCAAAUAUAUACACCUUUGCCACCAUGAUAAAUUUCCUGUGCAAGAAGAAUAGACUAGGCGAGGCCCAGGUUCUUUUAAAGGAACUGAAUGAGAGGACUGAUAUAAUACCGCGUGCUUUUGUGUACAAUCCCAUAAUCGAUGGGCUUUGCAAGGUGGGAAAUGUGGAUGAGGCAAAUUCUAUAAUGCUUGAAAUGGAAAGAAAGAAAUGCUUCCCUGACAAGUACACGUAUACGAUAUUGAUCAUUGGACAUUGCAUGAAGGGAAGAAUUUCGGAAGCCAUCGCCAUUUUUGAGAAGAUGGUGGCUACCGGCUGUGCGCAUGAUGGUGUGACGAUUAGUUGUUUGGUUACUUGUCUUUUGAAGGCUGGAAUGCCUAAUAAGGUGGAAAGCAUAAUGCUUAUUGCAUCCGGAAGCAGUCCAAGAUUGGAUACAUCAUCUGUGCAGGACAGUCCAUUGUCUGUGAGAAAAAGCGCAGAUAUUUCAGUGGCUGUAUAACUGGUGAGUGCUUUUCCUGUGGAAAGUGAGAGGGCGUUUGCCUUAUAAAGUGUACCAUACUGGGGCAUCCCAGCACCAAGAUGAAGGGUGAGAGUUCGACUGACAUAUCACUGGUCACAAUCACAAUUUUGGGCCCCUGAGUAACUAGGGAGUUCAGAGAAUUUGUUCAAGCAAGGUGCACUGAGUAUGUAACAUUAUUCACUUCUCUCUUAAUCAGUGCCACUCACAGGUUAAUGUCAUGAGUUGCCAUUAUUUUCUUCGACUGUCGCAUAACUUUUCUUGGACAUUUAGCGGCCAAUUUUGAUAGUUUGAUAAGAACGUGACCUGCAAAUUGGUCAUUCAUUUCCAAAUUUGUUUGUUCAUGUUGUCUUUCAAAUCGAUAUAUUUUAUUCUUCAAUGUCAUAGUUUGGGCUAUGUAGUUCCUUCUUGUGACAUAUAUCAUACAUGACACAUCAUACAUGUUAAAUAAGGAUUCUCAUAUGAUGAGGGAAAGAAUCUUCACUUUGUUGGUGCCCGGGUGUCAGGGAGAAGCCAGCCUCUAAAAGAUAGUUGAGCAUUAAAAAUUUUACGAAGCUAGACAUAUAUUGGAGUUCUGUGGCGAAACAACAUUGAUGUUUCCACUGACGAAAAGACUGGGCCUGGAAUUGUCAUAUGGACAAGUAGCAAAGUUUCACUGGUUUGUUUAAGUCAGAAGCUGUCGAAACGUGAUCGGGAGCGAACGAUUUGUUGGUGAAGAUUAGAUGAAUGAGAAAAACCCAUUAAAUGCUUCUCGCUCGCUGAAGAGUUAUGUGCCAUGGAAAUAAGGUUCACCGCAUUAUUGUCUUCAAUCCAUCGCAACCCGUAUUGUAAUUUUGAUCUAUGUUUCAGAGGCUUAUUUCGCUGGGUAAUUUCCUGCAACUGUUCUUGGUUCGGCAUAUGGUAUUAAGUCGGUUUUUUUUUUUUUUUUUUUUUUUGCGGAGAUAUGAAAAUUUUGAUGGCACCUGUGUAGCUGAUGAGGAUUACAUGUUCAAGUUUCUCUGAAGCUUUUUUAUUUGAGAUACUUUUGGAACAAAAUUAGAUAAAUGCAGCAUUCUUUGGUCUUC